AUAUUCCUGUUGUCUCUUAGAAUUGGAAAAUCGGUCUUUAGUUUAUGAUAUACAAGUAUUUUGAAAAAGAAAGAAAUUAAAUAUUCACAAUUUCCUGAAUAUUUUGCUAAUUCCUGGGGGGGAGGCGUCCUCUACCUAGGAGAAAUGUAUGCAGGAGAAAGAGUAAUCCUGUCUUAGAAAUCAGAGGUUCAGUUCACAAAACAAAACUGCCUUUGGAAUGUCUAGGGAAAUGAAAGGCAAUAUAAAGUAUACACAUCAACACUUUUGCUUUAGUUUCAGGUAUUUAGUGGUCAGCCUUAUAUGCCCUUCAGCUGCGGUACUUAAACACCACCAUUAUAUUAUAGACUCAUAUAGCUGAUGUGUAAUUGUGCAUGUAUGCAUAUGUACACAAUUAUUUAUAGAAAUUAAUCUCAUAGCCUCAUUUGCUGCUACUCUCAGCAAAUUGAAAUGGGUGUAUUAGCCAUAGGUAGAAUACCUUUCUCAGCAACAGUGUUUCCCUAUUUUUAAGUGGCAAAAUCUGACUUUGGCAGCUGGUUAUUUGCAGGUCUACUGGAAAUAAGCAAACUAUUGCUCUGUUAGAACUUGCAGCCUUCUUUCAAAUUCUCUUGUUUCACAGCUUCUUAAAAAAAAUAAUUACACAAGUUUCUAAGUAAUAGCACUGGGAUUAGUUGCCUGUGAAUUCAUCUUACAGCUUGUUCAGAUAAAACUGCAAUACUUCUGUUCUCUGUGUAGGCUUAUGAGUAGGCUACUUGUGCAGUGGUUGCUCCGUGAAUUUUUUCACUAAUACGUAAGUUACAUUUUCCUUAUGCCAGGAAAAUGGAAAUUUCUACAGAACGGGGUUAUUGUGGGGUUUUUUAAUAGGAAGUGUAGUACUGUUGCAGAAGACACAAGAGUGACUGAACCUGGUCAGACCAAAGGUCUGUGUAGCCCAGAUUGUGUCUCCAGCAAGGGCCAAAUGUGGAUGCCUAGGGAGGAAUAUGAGAACAAGGCAUGCAGUGAUUUUUCCCUUGAGUCCUUUUAGAGCCUCCAAAUACAUGGUAUUCAAACUUUUUCAGUGAUGAUUAUACUUUAAACAUAGAAAAUAGUAUUAUCUGAAGCUUUUGGAUAAACAGGAUACUUGUGAGAGCAGAAUUCCUUUCUCUGCUGACCCAAGUAACAACAUACUCAGUAAAUGCCAAAGAUGUUUUCUCAGGAAAACAAGUUAUUUAUUUAUUUAUUUAUUUAUAGGAAUUCUUAAGGAAUUAGAUUUCCUUUUUUUGUUUUAAUUUAAAAAAAAUAAUAAUUGAGUUGGGAAGAGCAUCUUGAGUAGUUUAAAGAGAACCAUUUGCUUGAUGAAUUUCCCAAAUCCUCAAUAUGAAGAGGAAGGUAGGUCAAGACACGUUAUAUCUGGGCACAGAUGAAAUAAGGUGAUUUCUAGUUCAGGAAGAGAUGUGAGAGCUGUGGGAGUCAUCACCUAACUGAUACUCUGAAGAAGCAACAGUAUUUUUGUUGACCUCCUGAGUUGCACUCUGCACCUAUGGGCAAAACCCGAUUCUGUUUUAAAUGCUUCUCUGGCUAUUAACAUAGUUAUGAUCUGUAUCUACAGUCAGGCAAAUUUGAGGAUAGUCUUUGAAGUUUAAGGAAAGUGAUAACGAUGGAGGAGGUGUCUGUGCUUCUCAUCCUUUCCAGAAAGAACGUACUGUGUUAGAAGUACUUCUAAGUGUCAUUACCUCUUUUGACAGGUCUGUUUGGGUACUACUUUUGUCUUGCUGUGGUUUGUGAACUUCAAAAGGUACUUGGUCAAGAAUUGUCCUUUCAGUUUUCUCUUUCUGGAAGUAAAGGCAAGAGGAAGUUAUUUAUGGUUUUCAUUCUGGACUCAAAUUCACACCUAACUUGUCCUCUUCUCAAUGUGAAAAAAUUGCAAGCUUGAAAAGUGCUUGGUAUAAAUAAAGCUUAUAGCUCAUAUGAAAAUAAGAGAAGAGAGUUCAGUCUAGUUUAUGAUGAAAGGAGUGUCUGCAGAGGUUUAAUAAACCAGUUAGCCACAAAUAGAGGUAGUCAGUACUUGGCAGUAGUAAUCAGAGCAUCAGUCUUAAUUGUAAAGAUACUACCUAGACACAGAUAACCUCCAGAACAUGUCCAGAUUUGGCAAUUUUACUGAAGUCUUCAGAUAACAUAAUACAUCUUUAAGCCAUUUAAACAUUUCCUCUAUCUGUGGUAUAAAGCAGCUCCCACCCGCUUGACAUUAUAGACUAAAUGAUUCAGACCUAUUGGCUCUUGGUUGUGGAAAAAUCUGCCUGGAGGUCAGUCGUGGUUCAUACCACAAGCAGCCAUCCUUUUUUUCAGGCCACUUAACUUCAGUCUGCAUUUUCAAAUGGACACAAUAUCCUCAAUUUCAGCUGCGAUUAAUUAAAGGUCUGCAAAGAAUUUUAUGCAAAGCAUAAACACUUCUGCAUGCUCUAUGCAUGUGGCAGACUGUCUGUGAAAGUUAGCUGGCCCCUGUUCUGUCCAAGCAAAAAGGAAAAGAGAUGACUGCAAUUCAAAGAAGGCCAAAACUGAGAAAUCCUGAGAGCACCCAGAGGUGGCCAUUGCUGCCACCCUGAUGGUAAUGCCAUAUGAAUGCUGUCCUGCCUGCUGGAAGAGCAGCAGAUUGUUCCAGCCCAGAAACUGCUUUAGUAGUGUCAGAAGAGUUCUGACGGGUCCCUGAAAGUUUGUCCUGAAGUUGGAGGAGUGUUUCUCCGUGCCCCCAUUUCCUGUACACAACCAUCAGACUCUAGUAAUCCCAACUUGUCUAUUUCUGUUCUGAUUUAGAAGCCCACAUGGCUUCUAUGCAUGGACCAGAGUGUAUCUGGUGAUGAAUGAUGAUCAAUCGGGUUUUUUUCCUUUUUCCUAGUACUAAACAGUUUGGGGCAUGGGGGGUUUGAUUCCAUAGGGGUUUUUUAACACAAAUGCCUUUUUCCUUUUGACAACUGUCUGAAAUAUGUUCCUUUAAGAACCUCCUACAUGGUAUGUAUUUGCAAUUUGUAAACACAAUAUGUCAGAGAAUGAUUUGAUUCAGUGGUGAGGCAGCCAGCUAUUUGUAUGUCAUGAGGUCUAAGGGAAACAAACUGACCCUCAGCCUUCAUGCAUCCAGCCAAAUUCUGAUGGGACCCUCAAAUAGCUCUGGCAAAGUGUUCUGUUUCUUUUGGACUUGAAUGCUUGUUUCUGUGAAGACAUGUAAUUAUUUCUUCCUUUAUUUUGCCGCACAAGUGACCAAGAGAAGCAGCUUCAAACCAAAUAGCACGUGGAGAGCCCCACCAGAAUGACCAGCAGUCACACAGACUGUCACUACUGCCUGCAGUCUCUUCGUGGAAGGAAAUAUGCAUUGAGAGAAGAAAACGCUUACUGUGUUACAUGUUAUGACAGCCUGUUUGCCAACCCCUGUGAAGAGUGCAAGCAACCUAUUGAGUGCGACUCCAAGGAUCUGGCCUACAAAGGCCGCCACUGGCAUGAGGGGUGCUUCAGGUGUGCCAGAUGCAGUCGCUCGCUUGUGGAGAAACCAUUUGCUGCCAAGGAUGAGGUCUUGCUGUGUACCGAAUGCUACUCUGAUGAGUAUUCAUCUAAGUGUUUCCACUGCCAGAAGACUAUUAUGCCUGGUUCCCGUAAAAUGGAAUUUAAGGGAAGUUCCUGGCAUGAAUCCUGCUUCGUUUGCCAGUAUUGCCGGCAACCAUUGGGAACAAAACCACUGAUCACCAAAAACAAUGAGAAUUACUGCAUGCCCUGUUUUGAGAAGCAAUUUGCUCACCAUUGCUACUCUUGCAAAAAGGUAAUAACUUCUGGGGGAUUGACCUACCAUGACCAGCCUUGGCAUAAAGAAUGCUUUGUGUGUGCUGGGUGUAACACCCAGCUAUCUGGACAAAGGUUUAUUUCCAAAGACGAGUACCCGUACUGCAUAGACUGUUUCAGCAGACUGUAUGCCAAGAAGUGUGCUGCUUGCAAGAAACCUAUUACAGCUCUUGGAGGUGGCAAAUUUAUCUCAUUUGAAGAGCACCAAUGGCAUGGGGAAUGCUUUAAAUGUGCAAAAUGCUCUGUCUCGCUGGUGGGCCAGGGAUUUCUCACUCGGCUGGACGAUGUCCUUUGUCAGAGAUGUGGCUCUGCUUCAUAGUUCUGUGGAGAGCUGUACAGCUGCAUUAUUCUCACUCUGUAAUGAUGUACUUCUUUACUCUGCAGCAAGAAAACCAUAUAAAAGGUCUAACAGUUAUUUAGUCAUUGAAGUAACUUUCCACCAGCAGUUUAAUUCUAUCAUAGUUUUCAACUGCUUCUAAAAAAAUGUAAACAGCUGUAUACUGUUUAAGAAAUAAUGCGGAAGAGGUUUGUAUAUAUUUUAAAAAUAACUACAGUAUCUUUCUCCUUGUAACACACUGCACUCUGCUGUUAGAAGCUUAAAAAUUUACAUUUUGUUUCCUAUGAACCAGGGAGGACUGUGAAAGCCUAUAUGGCAUAUGACUAAUGAUGAGGCGUUAGCACUGCUUCAGAGAUGCAGACCUUGGUGUGGAAAGCUAAGCAUGUGCAUUUUUCUAUUGGGUCAUAACACUGAUAAGAACAACUUGUAAAUAUCAGCUUUCUCCAUACUUUGGGCAAAAAAGUUGUUGACAAAGCAGGCAGAAAGUGGGAGGAGGGGGUACUUUUUCACAGAGGGCCUCCAAGUCACAGAGGCCCAUUCCAGGGCCAGAUAAAGGGAAAAAAGGUCAUUUUCCUCUCCUUACUGAGAUUCCUCCUUACAAAUAUAGUCUUUAGUCAUCCAAAAAACUGACAGGUCCUUUCACCAUAUUGGUUAACUGUACUUAAUUUUUCAGGCAUAGCUUCUUUACAAUGUAAAUAAACCCAUACACUGAGAUACUGUAAGAGAUGAUGAUUGCCCCAGAUUGGAUAGUGCUGAUCUACACUUUCCCAUAUCUAAUAUGCCUUAAGACUUUGUCUCUGUUGUCCUCACUAGACCUUGAAAUACACACAUGAAAUAUAUAUUUUUGCUAGUAGACAAAGAACCAACUUACACUUGUCCCUUUAACCUUGUACUUUUCCUCCCCUCAAAACUCAUUUGCCAGCAAUUAAAGCACUGUAAAUGGCCUUACCAUUUCCACCCCGCUAGGUCUUUGAUGCACAGCCUGCCCCUUUUCUUGUAAGUGCCUGCUUGUCUAUACCAGGGUACAAGCUCUUCAGAACCAAUGCCCAACUCAUUUUGCCAUGUGCCACGUGCAUUUGCUGAUAUUAUGACAAGAAUUGGUAACGUUGUCAUUGCAAGCCAGGCAACCCUUCUUGUAGUACAAGGUGUUAGUUUCUAGGUACCGGGCUUUGAGGAGGUUAUACCUGCUUGCUGAGCUUCAGCACUCAAGUGUGUAUCAUUAAAGGUCAUCUAGAGCUGAGUUACAAGCAUUUCUCUUCUUUCUUCUUCCAUACUGUAAGUUACACUGGCCUAAUUCAUGUUACAGUGCCCGUACCAGGACAUUGUGAAUGGUGCAGUGAUACUAAGAACGGCGGAUUCUGCAUUACUCAGCACUGUUUUAGUCCUCAUCUCUCACGUCUUUCAGUCAUAUAUUCUCCUUUAGAUUCUGACCUUAAGUGCAUAGAGUUAAUGGGCUGACCUGAGUGGUGGGCUUUAUCCAGACUGAAGACAGCCAUUACUUAAGGUAGAAAAGUGAAAAAAAGAAAAAAAAAAAAAAAAAGAAUAUGUGUGCCUAGCUAAGCCAGAGCUGAACUGCAGUGGCAUAAAAUCAAUAUGGAUAAUGACUGACCAACAAGUACAUAGCAGUCUGUUUUCCAGUCAAUAAAAUAUUGAUCUUUUCCUCUG